AUGUCUGGGCAAUACAGUCCGGUCAAAAACGAUGAAACUGGUGACGAUCGGUUUGUAACAAUCCCAGAGACCCAAAAUUUUGAUGAUUUUACCACGAUUGAUUGGAUUUCGGAGGAAGAUAGACCUGUAAAUGGUGGAACUAAUGAGAGAUACAAUUUAAAUUUAAGAUACCACAAGUUUAAGGAGCUGAUAUGGGGAAGAUGCCGUAUUGUAGUUACCUUGACGUUAAUCGCAGUCGUUAUAGGCUGCAUCGCAGGUUUUCUACAAAUUUUCACUGAGACUUUAGUAAACUGGAAAACAGGCCAUUGUGCUAGAAACUGGCUUCUAAAUAAAUCUUUCUGCUGUAGUGGGACUGAAUCUCGUAUCAGCAGCAAAAGCCCUUUGCUGAUCAAAAGACAAGAGAUAGAGUGUAUCAAUAAUGGUCUGUGGAUCGAAUGGUCCAUGGGACCCUUCCCUUUCUUCAUAUUUAUCACCCUUUCGAUACUCUUUGCACUAAUGAGUACUCUCCUGGUUAAUUACGUUGCUCCCAUGGCAACAGGCUCUGGGAUAUCUGAGAUCAAAGUCUGGAUAUCUGGAUUCAAGUAUAAAGAGGACUUUUUGAGUCCCUUAACGCUUAUUGUGAAAUGUGUCGCACUACCAUUGGCAAUUUCGUCUGGGCUGAGUGUCGGUAAAGAGGGCCCUUCAGUCCAUUAUGCUACUUGCUGUGGUUACAUCAUUUGCAGUUGGCUUCUGCGUGAUGUUGUGACGUUUUCGAAACAGGCAGAGUACAUGACCGCUGCUAGCGGGGCUGGUGUAGCUGUCGCAUUUGGAUCACCCAUUGGCGGUGUGCUUUUUGGUUUGGAGGAAAUUGCAACAGCUGCAGAGUUUAGCUCAUCAACCCUUUGGAAAUCUUUUUACGUAGCUCUGGCUGCAGUGGCUACUUUAGAGUACAUCGAUCCCUUCAGAAGUGGAAAGAUCGUUCUGUUCAAUGUCACCUAUGAUAAAGAUUGGAAAGUACAGGAAAUACCGGCAUUUAUCCUGCUGGGUAUUUUUGGUGGUUUAUAUGGGAAGUAUAUUAGCAGGUGGAAUAUCAAAUACGUCCAGUUUCGUAAGAGAUAUCUAGCAAGUUGGCCUGUUCAAGAAAUUCUAAUCCUGGCCAGUAUCACAGGUUUAGUAUCUUACUUCAACGAGUUUUUGAAGCUGGAUAUGACCGAGAGCAUGGGUAUUUUAUUUCACGAGUGCCAGAGUAAUGAUAACAGCGAUGCUUUUACCCACAGGUUAUGUAAGCUCGACGAAAAUACCCAUGUGGUGAGCUUCUUAAGAGUAUUCUCUUCUCUAGUGAUGGCAACGGUAGUAAGAGCUUUGCUCGUCGUGGUUUCAUAUGGGGCUAAAAUUCCAGCUGGUAUUUUUGUUCCAUCUAUGGCUGUUGGUGCCACUUUCGGCAGAGCACUCAGUCUAUUAGUCGAAAGGUUUAUAAGUGGUGCGGGCGUUAUCACCCCUGGCGCUUACGCCUUUUUAGGUGCUGCCGCUUCAUUAUGUGGGAUCACCAAUCUGACAUUGACUGUUGUUGUCAUAAUGUUCGAAUUAACGGGGGCUUUCAUCUACAUUCUUCCAUUAAUGAUUGUGGUCGCAACGACCAGAAUCGUGCUUUCUUCCUCUGGGUCUGACGUGGGCAUCGCGGACCAAAUGGUGAUGGUCAACGGUUUCCCUCUCAUCGAAGGAACCGAACACGAGGAAUUCAUGGAGGAACACACAGCAGGGGAAGUAAUGGCAAAAAAUUUGAUUACUAUCAAUGAAAAAAUCUAUCUUUCUGAACUGGAAUCUCUUAUCUACGAUUCCUCCCUCAAGUCGGUAAAUGGCUUCCCAAUAGUGAAAGAGCAAGAUAGAAUGGAACCAGAAAAGAGAUGUGCUGGUUACGUAUUGCGUCGGCACUUGAUUUCCAAAUUAAGAAUAUCGGAAACCAGCUCUUUCGAUUCUCAUUUGACUUUAGUCAGCUUUACCGAGGGAACCUCUUCCGAUGAGAAUUUUUUAAGUUUCAAAGACAUUGUGAAUGCCCAUCCAGUCUCGACCAAACCGGAUGCACCCACCUCGGAACUAUAUCGGAUGUUCAGGCUAUUGGGCUGCAAGGCUAUUAUGAUUGAAGAAAGUGGUUAUUUGAAGGGACUUAUUACUAAGAAAGAUAUCCUCAGGUUUGAAAGAACAAAGUACAGGGAGAUACAUGGUUCCAGAUAUGCCUAUAAUGAAUACUUCGGGCAGAAGCUUUGGUCACUGAUCGAUCCUGUGAUCUGCAGGUUUAGUUCGAGUCCUCCUGAAUAA